ACCGCUACACCAUACCCGAUUGAAAUCGUGUGUGGUCCCGAUUUGUUGGAAUCGGGGAAGCUGGAGUGGGCUUUUCUUUGCGCAAAGUUUUCGGUGUGGGUCAGGGGUCACCCCUUUUAUGCUCCAGCCCGAACUCCGCUCUUCAGGGGUUCAGGGGUUCAAGGGUUCAUUCUCCGCGCCCUUAACCUCACGCAGCUUCUGUAACAAAACCCCGCCUCGCCCGCGUCGGCAAUGUUCAGCUUGGCACUCACUGCGUUUGAAAUCACAGCAGUCUCUCUCCACAAGCAUCACCACAACAUCUCGCCACCCACAAAUAAGCACAUUUGUUACCCACAAUGGAAGUAACUUGCGAAUGUGAAACGGUCCGUUUCACAACCCCAACCCCCUCUCCGCUCAAAGUCUACCAUUGCCACUGCAUCGAAUGCCGCAAGCAAUCUUCAUCGGCCUACGGCACGAGCGCCAUCUUCCCGGCGACGGGCCUAUUCCCUCUUUCGGCUGACCUCGCCUCGAAACUUCGGCUCUGGACCCGCCCCGCCGACUCCGGACGCACGGUGGACUGCUACUUUUGUAAAGAGUGCGGCGUACGGGUGCUGCAUCGCAUCCGGGAUCCAGAUGGAACCGAGCGGGAGACGGUGAGCGUGAAGGGCGGUUUGGUAACGGGACUGGAUUGGACCGGCGCGGCCCAUAUUUAUACGAGGAGCGCCGUGGUUGAGGUUCCGGAGGGGGUGGAAAGGUGGGAAGGGGCCCUCGGGGAAAUGGAAGGGCGAAGAUGAUGAUAACAACUGGUGUUCCGGUUUUGGGAGCUGACGACAGGUUCGUUCUGUAAACAAAUAAUAGUUCGGAUGAUAAAGCAAGCCGGAGUUCAGCCCCGGGUGCAGGGUGGCAUGUGAAUACCGUAACAUCGAUGCUGACGUCAGUUUACCGACCAGGCACGGCGUCGUAUUUAUUUUGUGGGAUAUCGUGAACAUGGUGGAGGCGA